AUGACCACUUUUAAGAGCUUUAAGUCACUUGUCCAGCUGCAACACAAAGAAGGGACCUUAUUUGAAGUUGUUGGAGACUCCAGCAAGCUGCCCAAGUGGUUCCAUACCAAGUAUCUAGGUGAUCCAAAAGCAAUGUACGUGGAUGCUUGGCUCCUGGAAGUGAUGUUUGGUAGGGAUGGAGAGUACAUUCCUCGUGUUGAGAGUGAGUCAUGUACCUUGUUGCUUCAAGUGAACCAGUGGGAACCUGAAGAGGAAGCUGAGAUUUUCAUAUUCGGGCCUCCUUAUUACCAAAAGCAUGUUUUACAGAUGAUCUCAAACUUGGUUGACUAUUUCUCAACAAUGCAAGAGGAGGACCUUUCUCAAGAGAUUGAGACCCAGUGUCUUCCUGGGGAGGUUCUGGAGGCUGCCCCCCCCCCGACUCCUAUGGAGGUCCAUGAGACUGCCACCCAGCCUGCUCCCAUGGAGGUCGGUGAUGUUGUCACCCAGAAGACUCCCAUGGAGGUCGGUGAUGUUGCCACCCAGAAGACUCCCAUGGAGAUCGGGGAUACUGCUGCCCAGCAGGCUCCCCUGGAAGUCAGUGAUGAUGCUACCCAGCUUGCUCCAGUGGAGGUCGGUAAUACUCCUACGCAGCUGGCUCUCAUGGUAGACCACGAGGCUUCCACCCAGCAGGAUCAUGUGGAGGCUAGUGAAGCUGCCACCAAGCACACUUCAGUCUCCCAUUGA